AUGAAGUCAACCAACGAGGUCCGUUCGUUAGUCUUUUCCGCAUGAUUAAGCACUGACUGGAGAGGAGGUCGUGGGCCAUCCCUUUGAAUCAAUUCCAAAACCUCAUCAACAUCACCGGAGAGUCUGAAUCCCCGGUCAUUUGGACGAAAUUGAUUUUUCAACUGUUUAAAACAACCACGCCGGAUAUUUGGUCGGAACUAAGGCGGUUGGUCAGGCAACGAGGUUAAGGUGUAUUCCCACAUGAGAACUACAUGACUGCUCGGACCUAAUGAACGGACGUAAUUCACUACAUCGACGCUAUCAAACGACUUAGUGAACACAGGGUCACGGCAGUUCAUCCACUGGCCUCACGAACCCUAAUCGGAAACAUGGCGAGUUGGGUGAUAAGCGAAUGACUAAUAGUAUGCAUAAACUGCUGGUUGAAUGAUGUUUCAGAGGGGUAUGCGUAGGCCGGGUUCCAGUCGGUGUGAGGUGCAUAAAGGGUGAGAUUAUUUGACCAAGUAGCAAAUGAUUGGAAGUCUGUCAGCACUUGGGCGUCAGUUUCGGGGCAGUUUCUUGGGGUGGAGAGGGGGUCAUAAUGCUGCUAGGAUAUCCGGCUUUGAGAACACACUGUCCUUAUGCUCAACCGUACUGCUUACGUAUUACAAGCCAACCUGACAGUUGUCACGGAAACACGCAGGCCAUUCUUUACAAACAACGUCCGGGGAGGGGUUACACAUAUGGAUUCGGAGUUCACCCAUUUUGGAAAGUACAUUACGUGCACUUGUGUGUACAAAUGUGGGUUUGGCAUUUAUGCGAGACCCGUUUACAGCCCUGUGACUGUCUACUGGAUAUAUUACAUUUGGAGAGUUCUUAACGAGGACGAGCCUCCGUGGCUCUGCGUCGGUAGUAAAAGUCGUGACCGGAGAUAAUGAUGAUGUCGGCGUCGAUGAUGACGAUGGCGACGAUGAUGAUGAUGUCGGCGUCGAUGAUGAUGAUGACGACGACGACGACGACGACGACGGCGACGACAACAACGAUGAUGAUGAUGGUGGUGAUGAUGAUGAUGGUGAUGAUGAUGAUGAUGAUGAUGAUGAUGAUGAUGAUGAUGAUGAUGAUGAUGAUGAUGAUGAUGAUGAUGAUGAUGAUGAUGAUGAUGAUGAUGAUGAUGAUGAUGAUGAUGAUGAUGAUGAUGAUGAUGAUGAUGAUGAUGAGGAUGAGGAUGAUGAUGAUGCACUGGAGUGGUAUUACUGA